GUUUUUUAUAUUUAUUUUUCUCCCUAAAAAUAAGGUUCAGAGCAGAGUCACAAAAGUAGGGUUGAUCGAUCAAACUGACUCUGCCUUGUUCUCUAAGUUGUCAAUUUUAAUUAAUCAAACUCACCCUCACUGACGCACUUAGAAACCUCAAUGGUUUCGUGUGUUUGACGAUCGAUUCCGAGAAACAAACUCAAUGGCUCUCCCUCUCGGCAAACUCACUAUCAUCGUUGGUGCUGGCAUUGUAGGGUCAGUACUUGCUAAGGAAGGACGAUUGCCAAGUGUCUCCGAUAUUUUCUCAGGAGCAUUUAAGAUUGCUUUGAAGGGAAUUAAACAGGAUAAUUCAACCAAUUCAACUCCAAAGCCAAAAAAUGAUUCUUUGCUGCAGCAGGUUAAUAGCUUACGGCAGGAGCUGCAACUGUUGGCUUCAAAUAGAUCUGUUACAAUUGUGACAUCAAGUGGAUCAGGUUCUAGCAGAUAUACUAUAAUCAUUGUUGUUGUGGUGAUGGGGUAUGGUUAUGUGUGGUGGAAGGGUUGGAAGCUUCCUGAAUUAAUGUUUGCGACCAGGCGGAGCUUAUCUGAUGCAUGUGGCAGUGUGUCCAAACAGCUUGAGAGUGUAUAUGCAUCUAUUGCUGCCACAAAGCGUCAUUUAACUUCACGAAUUGACCGCGUGGAUUCUAAAAUUGACGAGUGUGUGGACAAUACUGCUGCAACGAGAGACGAGGUUUCUGAAAUUCGAGGAAAAGUGAGAACAUUUGGUGAGGAUGUCCAGUCAGUACACCUUGUUGUCCAAUCACUUGAGACAAAAAUUAGUAGAAUUGAAGGGAGACAGAAUGAAACAAACUUUGGCGUGGGAAAGUUGGUUUCCUUUGUUAGGAGCAUUGAAACUAGUAGAGCAAAGGAGCAGAUUGAGGCACCCCCAUCUAGCUCGUCUAGACCUGCCCUUGAAUUACCAUCAGUAGCUCCCUCAGCACGGACCGGGUCUUUGCCUCCAAAUUUGUCAGUCGAACCACAAUCUCCAUCUGCUUCUAGUGUAUCUCCGAAGCGUCCUUUGCAUGGUGCUGUAUCUGCUUCAGGCCUGAAGGAUCUUGGAGGUAUAUCAGAUGUAGUCGAAGUGUCAAGUGAAAGCAGUCCUCAGGUUUCCAAUGCCGUUUUCACCUCAGAACAGAGGAGCAAUGAGAACUCUGGUUAUGGUGGUGUGUUUGGGCGUAAGUUUCCAGGCUUUGGUGCUUCUUUUCUAACAAGGAGCCGCAGUGCUAUGCAGAAUCCUAAGUGAGCUAGUUCAUCAAUCAUUAAAAUAAUUGAACUUUUCUAUGGUAUAUAUUCGAGGUUAGUGUUGCUAGCUGCUGAGCAUCUUGGCUCAGGGAGUAUUUUGCCAUUUUUGGAUGGCCGAAUUUUGUAGAGCCAAUAUUUACCGAGUUAAACUUAGGAUACAUGUGUAAGUUCAGGCUAGAAAUUGUCUACAUACUGUUAGAUAAGCUGAAGAAAGGCAAAACAGGAAAUUGGACAAGGGGUUCUUCAUGUCAGGUUAUUUAUCGCCUGCACUUCAUCAAAAAAAAAAAAAUUAUCUGCUGUUUCUGCA